GGAAGGGCAACUCGCAGAUUACUGGCUUCGUAACAGAGGUACGGCUGGAUCUGCACAUAGACGGGGGUCAGGGAGAUAGACAGAAAGGGGCCCAGGGAGCCAGAGGAGGCACAAGGCAGGAGGAAUCGAUGCCCUACAUGCCCACUCCACCCUAGCCCCUAGACUCCCCACUCCAGGUCUCCUGAAACAGAGGCAAGAGGUACCAUCGCCCUGGAUGGCCCCCUGGGAGAUGAGGACCAGCCACCUGACCAUCGCCCCUCUCCAACAGGUGCGGAGGGACCCUCCUCGUCACACAGGCUCCUUCUGAAGCUGGGGACCCCUUGGGUGGCAGCCGCACCCAGGAUGUCCACGCUGAGCAUCCACUGCCUGAAACCCUCGCCUCUGCACCUGCCGUCUGGGAUCCCAGGGUCCCCAGGCCGCCAGCGGCGCCAUACACUCCCUGCCGAGUUCCGCUGCCUCACCCCAGAGGACGCUGCCGGCGUGUUUGAGAUUGAGCAAGAGGCCUUCAUCUCUGUCUCCGGCAACUGCCCCCUGAAUCUGGACGAGGUCCAGCAGUUCCUGACCCUGUGUCCCGAGCUGUCCCUGGGCUGGUUCGUGGAGGGCCGUCUCGUGGCCUUCAUCAUUGGCUCCCUGUGGGACGAGGAGAGACUUACUCAGGAGUCGCUGACGCUGCACAGGCCCGGGGGCCGCACCGCGCACCUGCACGUGCUGGCCGUGCAGCGCACCUUCCGGCAGCAGGGCAAGGGCUCCGUCCUGCUGUGGCGCUACCUGCACCACGUGGGCGGCCAGCCGGCCGUGCGCCGGGCCGUGCUCAUGUGCGAGCACGCGCUGGUGCCCUUCUACCAGAGGUUCGGCUUCCGUCCCGCGGGCCCAUGUGCCAUCGUUGUGGGCUCACUGACCUUCACGGAGAUGCACUGCUCCCUGCGGGGCCACGCUGCCCUGCGCCGGAACAGUGACUGCUGUCCCCCCGGGGAGCCCAUGGUCGGGAGCUCCUACUCAAUCCCCGGUUGGUCCCCUUCUCUGUCCUGCCGUCCCCCCACUCUGCUUGGUCUGAAGGGAGACGGUGAUUCCCAGGGGAUGGCGGAACGGGGAGAAUGGGUGAAAUAAAGAGAAGGUGGGGCGGCUGCUCCCAGCCCAGGUGCCCUCCUGGGACGCAAGUACUGUGUGCUCCUCUGUGUCCACACCAGGCCCUCCGGACCCCCUGCAUCCAAACUGCGCCUACACGUGCUGGGUCCAUGAACUGGGGACAGUGGGAGGCAUCCUGCAACCUUGCUUCUGCAUCUCACCAAAGGAGCCCCUAUGCCCCCAGACCCAG